AUGGCAUCUGCACAGCCCCCGAGCAACGAAUUUCCCCACUCACUGUACGAUCACUUCCCCACCAAGACUCAAUGCGCCUUGUCGCGUUGUGCCUUUAGAGCAACCAUACUCACUCUGAUCAGGACAAUUUCUCUGCCCUUCCCCACAAACCGCCUCGCUUCUUCGGCUUUACAAACCCUCGACGUUGACGCCGAAUUGUCCCCGAAUGUACGACGCACAUUGACGCUCGUAGCGCCAUCCUCACAAGACUCGACAGAGCCACAAGAAAAGAAGCAGAAGCAAGACACCGACGAUUCGAAGACUGUUCUGAAGACUACAUAUUACGCCACCACGAACCGCAUGCUGCGCGUGGCGGUCAAUGGGUUUAUGGAAAGCUUGGGUGUCAUUCUCGGAGUGAUGACAGAACUAGAUCUUGACGUUCUCAACGCCGAAGCUGAAGCAAAACUGAAAGAUUGA